AUGGCCCCGAAACAAGGCUCGAAGAAGGCGGCCGAGGGCAUCAACUCUCGGCUCACGAUCGUCAUGCGAUCGGGUCGGUACACGCUCGGGUACAAGUCGACGCUGAAAACCUUGCGCAAGGGGGCGAGCAAGUUGGUGUUGAUCGCGAACAACUGCCCGGCGCUGCGAAAGAGCGAGAUCGAGUACUACGCGAUGUUGGCCAAGACGGGGGUGCAUCACUACGCCGGAAACAACGUCGACUUGGGAACGGCGUGCGGUCGAUACUACCGCGUGUCGUGCCUGUCCAUCACGGACCCGGGUGACUCCGAUAUCGUGAAGGAUCAGGCGGAGGCGUAA